UGAAAAAAAAAAGGCAUAGCUUUCUCCUUGAGCUAACUGCUGUUGCAAAGGGACUAUUGCUUCGUUUCCUUACUUAGGCCAAUACGUUUUUUUUUCUUUACAGCAAGGGGUCAUCUAUUAAAUGGAAGGCAAAGGCACAUCAGAAGCGGAACUCAAAACACACCUCGAGAAUAUUGAAAAUACUCUAAAGCGAAUUGUGUCUUAUAAAGGGGUUGUUGGAUAUUUUUUCAUUCAUCCUGAUAGUGGGCGAAUACUUAAAAGCGAUGGAUUUGGUAAGAAUGAAAGCCUUGUUAAGCUGUAUAGCACUAAGCUGAUAGGGUUCAUUGAUUUCGCAACUUCUACUAUCCGAACGCUUGAUUGUGACGAUGCUAUGACAUUUCUUCGAAUUAGCUGUGGCGAUGUUGACAUUCUAGCGGCCCCAAGCCCCGAAAAGAAGUACACACUUGUUGUUGUGCAGCAGGUCGUAAGCUAGCUCUCGGUAUUUCUAAGCGGCUGUAUACUCUUCGAUGUGACAUAUCAAACUCUAUGAGAGGGAGGGA